UGUUUUGCAGGUACUAUGGCGAUGGCUAGAUAUUCGCCUCAAAUGCAGUUCGGAUGGUACAAUCCACCAUAUCCAGGACAAGGUACUAUGCCGAUGGUUGGAUAUUCGCCUCAAAUGCAACCCGGAUACAACAAUUCUCCAUAUCCAGGACAAGGUACAAUGCAGAUGAAUGGAUAUCCUCAAAAUCCGCUUUUCGGAAACUACAAUAACCCAAAUCCUGUAUCUGGCAAUUCUUUAAUGGCACAAGGACUCACACCCGCCACUAAUAUCAUAAGAAAAACGUCUACUAUAAUUAUCGAGGGAGACAACAAUACUAUCAACUAUCAAAAGAAUGCAGUUGUCCGUGUCCAGAUUUAGACGAAUCUGGAUACUGUGCGAAAUGUGGAGGACAAGGAAAUUGCGGAUAUAUGAACCUUCAGGUCGGAGUAAAAGGAACCAAGAAUAAAAUCAAUGUCCAUUAUUAAUAACAAAAAGAAAUGCAAAAUGCUGACAUUUCUGCAAGCUUGACUUUCAUUUCAAAUGUUUCAUUACCUUUGACGUCUCUGUUAACUUAGAAUCAUUUUGUUAUUGCUUUAUCGUGAAUUAUUGUUAAUUAUGUCAUUCUUAAAUCACUUCCUUGUUUUUUCUUGCGGACAUCGUGUUCCGAUUCUCUUUUUAACUUGUACGACGACACGCUCUUUAAGCAAGUGCGCAAGUCACUAUUUUUAUACUGAGUUUGCUUGGCGCUAAAAUUGAAUUGUUGUGAAUUGUUAGCCGUAACUUUUAGAUUUUUUUAAUAGGAAUGAUGUAUAGCUUUUUAUUAUAAUGUUCGUGUGCCGUCUUGUAAUGUAACACUUUGUUGUAUCGGUUAUACAACCUGGUGAGAAGUUUUCAACAGUGGAGGGUUUCCUUUAGGCACCCCUUCAAACAAGCCUCCAGGUACUGUGGGAUUUGUUGGAAUUGUUUCGAUAUAAUAGGCCUUGAUCGACCUUUAUUCGGCACUUCCACUUUGAUUAAAAAAAGUUACAGACGUUAUUACUUCCUUUUUUCAUUUAAUUUAAUUAUUAAAUUAAAUAAUUUCAGGAAGCCUUCAGUAAAAGUACAGCUGUUUUAUUGUGCUGUUGUUUUAGCAGCUUUUUUCAGAAUUUUUAUCUACUUAGAUUUUUGCAAUCAUAUCAAGUAUUUAGAGUUACUAGAUCAUACAUAAUAUUUUUCUUGGCAUUUCUUAAGUGUUACAUCCUCAAGUAGGUUUAUUUUCGGCACCUGUAACUUUCGGGUCGGUCAUAGGCAGCCCCUUUCGUGUGUUCGUUAGAAAUUUAUCUCGUCGGACUUUUAGUCAAACAGAUUUUACGGUUCUGUUUUAUCGCUAUUUGUUUUAUCAUACUUUGAAGCCUUUAUUGUUAGGACCCUUUAAAAUAAACGUUGCACAUUUAUAAAACA